AUGGGCUACGGCAUAGUCACAGCCCGAGCUCUCCUCGCGAACCCAGGACAUGUGCACUGCGGCCCGGACGACCCAGUCAAGGGCCACGUGCAGCUAGACUAUCGCUAUAAAGCCGACGACGCCGGUGCUCAUAACACCAACAGCACUAAUCCCACCUCGUCGCACAUACGGCGCAUUACCGAGGAGUUCCACGGCCGGGUCAACGUCAUGGUCACCCUGCAGGGCCGGCUAGAUGUGAAGCGCUGGGACCUCGAUAGCCAAGAGUUCUUCGAGGACCGCGUGCCGCUGUUCCUCCGGCAGCUUCUUUUGUCCGACGGCAUUGUACGCCUCGCUUCGGCUAUACCUACCAAUACCACCACCACCACCACCACCACCCAGACGGUCAACUUCUCCUUUGAGCUCUCCUUCCCGCAACAACCAUGUCAAAACCACGUAGCAUUCAACACGGUCUCAGACCAGCCGCUCCCGCUAUCAACGUUUACCACUAAUCCCCUCGGCGACGUCCGCGUGCGGUACGAGGUAGCAGCCAGCAUAACCUUCCCCGGCGGACAAGACGUUAAGGUCGACGACCAGAGCGUGCGCGGCGGCUUCCCAGUAUCCGCGGACUUCAAGGGCACACUAGUGCUCUACGAGCUCGCGCCGCUGCGCAGAGCCGUGGGUGGCGCGAUCGAGGAGGACGACGACGACAACGACGACGACAACGACAGCGGCGGGAGUGGAAGCGGGAAUAGGAGCAGGAGGCGCAAGAAAAGGGCCAGUCUGCGGGAUAGGCUACUCGGCUCGUUCAGCCGGCUAUACUCGUACGACUGCCACGUCUCGUGCUCGAGCGACGUGCACCGCUCCCAGCCGCUCGUGCUGCAGAUCAGGAUCGUGCCCUCUAAGAGGAGGUCUACGGCGCGGGACAUGGACCGGGUGCGGGUCGAGCUGAUGGGCGUCAAGGUGCAGGUGAAGGGGCUGGUGCAGGGCGACGGGAGUACCAUCUUCGCGUCAGGUACAGCUGCGAAUGGAAACAGUAUAGGCACAGGCACACGAUCGUCACGAGAAUCGUCGUCUACGACAUUGAGCGAUUCGUCAUACGCAUCCGGACACCCACAAACAUCAGGCGCCCAGAUGAACCCGGACAAUGAUUGGACACAAGUCAUCGCGCUCAGCUCGGUUCUCAACAACGUGCCCAGCUCUGUCACGCCCGUAGAUAUAUAG